AUGUCAAAAUCACCACAACAAGACAUCUACAACCAACUAGCAGCCAAAGACACAAACCCGGAACCGCUGAAAAAGGUUCUUGCCAGAGAACAGGCGGAUUAUGAUUGUUUGAGUUGUAGAGUAAUGGAGCGGUAUAGGAGCAACGGCAUUUGGCACUCUAGGCGCAUAUACCUACUGGUCAGGGCACCGCGAACUCCGUACUCGGGAGCAGGAGAUUCUGAGAUCGCGCUCAAAACUCACAAUGUCGGCGAGGAGAUUUGGGAUUACUGGGUUGAGCGGGGUGUUGGUAGGGUUGGGUCUGUAUAG